CCAAAUCUCACCAGCCUUCGACAAAAUGGGUCGACAGAAGAUUUAUUUGGACAAACUGGCCCGCUUCUUUCAGAUCCGUCACCUGUUGCUCCGCCAGGCCCUGGCAGAGUGCCUUGGCACUCUCAUCCUUGUGAUGUUUGGCUGUGGCGCUGUGGCCCAAAGCGUGCUGAGUCGUGGUUCCCAUGGCAGGUUCCUCACUAUCAACUUUGCCUUUGGCUUUGGCGCCACCUUAGGGAUCCUGGUCUGUGGCCAAGUAUCAGGUGGCCAUCUGAACCCUGCAGUGACCUUUUCACUUUGCCUGCUUGGAAGAGAGCGCUGGAGAAAGUUCCCCAUGUACUUCCUCUUUCAGACAAUCGGAGCAUUUUUCGGCGCUGCUAUUAUCUUUGGCAUGUAUUAUGAUGCCUUUUGGGACUUUCCCGGGUGCUUUAAUGUUACUGGGGAUUCUUCCACUGCUGGCGUCUUUGCCACCUACCCCGGAAAGCAUCUCACUCUUGUGAAUGGAUUCUUUGAUCAGAUUAUUGGCACGGCAGCCCUCAUAGUGUGCAUUCUGGCAAUUGUGGACCCAUACAACAACCCCAUUCCCCAAGGGUUGGAGGCCUUCACUGUGGGAUUUGUGGUUUUGGUCAUUGGAUUGUCCAUGGGCUUCAAUUCUGGUUAUGCUGUUAACCCUGCCAGAGACAUCGGACCACGCCUUUUCACUGCUAUAGCUGGCUGGGGAACUGAUGUUUUUACGGCUAGAAAUGGCUGGUUCUUGGUGCCACUCUGCGUCCCAUUCCUUGGUGCCCUUAUUGGCACGAUAAUUUAUCAGCUGAUGGUUGGUUUCCAUGUGGAAGGAGAAGCACGUGAUCAGAAAAAGAACACGGAAGAGAGUCUACAACUUACCAUCAACCCCGACUCAAAAUCUAACGCUAACGGCAAAGAGGCUAACUGCUAAAAAAGAGGCCCAGAAAGGCAAGGCCUGAGGGCAUUGGACAAGCGCAGCCAAUGACUAUGAAAUCUACACAUGUAAAUAACCUAGCUUUGUAAUUCCUGCCAGUUGUAAGUUGAGAAACCGUCUUUAUAACUGAUUUCUUUCACAUCACUGUGUAGCUGUAUUAUAUUGUAGAUGAGUUUCUAUGUACAGUAUGAGUAUAUUUCUAAAGGAUGUUUGCUUGAGAGAUGGAAAUCUGGAUUAGUGUGUCUGUCGCUCUUUAUUUUUUAAGUGUUUUAUACUUUACGUUAUAGUCUUUCAAGUUAGGUUCCUUGUAAAAUUUCUAAGACAGAUGAGAUGCAGCAAUUUAUUACAUUGUCCAGGUUUUUCAAGAGGUCAUUUCGGGAUAACUUUUAGCAGAGUGUCAAAUUGUCUAAGCAUUACAUAAAAACACAAAAGUGAGUAAGCUGUCAUCUACAUAUAGUGUGCUAGCUGUGUCGAGCUGAGCAGACAGACAGAGGUCCUCCUGCAACUUUCUGAGGGUUACCACUGCUCUCUUAAAACAACUAUUUUGAGCUGUUAUUCAUACAAUUGCAGCCCACUAAGAAAAAAAAACUAAAGCAAAUGCAUUACUCAAAGUUCCCCACGCUUUGUUCCAUGUAAAAUAAAUGUAAUUUCAAUAGGGGACGCUAAGUUGAAGAAACUGUCCUUUUUAACCUUUGGUGCUUGUAUUUCCAAUUUAAAGAAAUAUUGGGCACAUGAAUGUGAGGACCUGGACUAGUAGAGAGAUUUAAAAAAGUCAGUAUUAUUUUUACAGUUGAGAGACCUGCAGGAAUAGCCCAACUUCAUCAUAGGAGAAAAGAAUUGAAGGUUGUAGAAGAAUCUUCUGAAAUCAACGCUUUAUUAUCACCAGAAGUCAUUUAAUUUGCAAUAAUGAUGUACAGCUAUUGUCAUAUUGUAUGUAAAGAUGACAUUAAACAUUUAGCCAAAUGCUCUUGUUUAUUUUUAAACUUGUUGAUGUUUUUUUGCACAAUGAGCAACUGCAGUCAUUUAUGACGGGGAUGUUUCCUGGUUUGAGUUUUGUGCAAAUGCUGAGAGGAAAUGCCUUCACAUCAACACAAUGAAGUUCUUUUUUUUUUUACAUUGUUGCAUGAAAGAAGCUUGUAUUACGCUCUGCCGAUAAAGCUUUUUUUGUUCUGCCUGUUGUUGUGCCUGUAUUCAGAUUACAUCCGAUGCAAUAAAAAGAACGGCUGUAUAAAAGUA